AUGGAAACCAAGGUUUUAAAUAACAAUGAAAUGCUAGCUAGAUAUGCAAUUAAACUGGAUCAACGAGUAAAAAUUCAAAUGGGGAAUAUUGAGCAAAUUGGCAGCGCAAAACCAAUUACAAUACCUGAGUAUUUUCAAAAUACUUUGGGAUUAAAAGAACGUGAUUCAGUUGGUAUAUUAGCAUUUAAUUGUCCAGAAUGGUUUUAUUCAGCAAUAGCUGCAGUAUAUGCUGGUGGUAUUGUAGCUGGAAUAUAUACAACAAAUAGUCCUGAUGCUGUACAACAUGUUUUAGAAACAGCUGGUGCAACAAUUUGUAUUGUUGAUAAUAAAAAACAAAUGGAUAAAAUUCGUGUAAUUAAAGAAAAUUUACCAAAAUUAAAAACUAUAAUACAAAUUAAUGGACCAUUUGAUUCAUUUGUAAGUGUUGAAGAUGGUUAUUAUAAAUGGAGUGAUAUUGAACAAAUUCAAAUUGAUAAUGAUAUUGAAAUUGAAUUAGAAAAACGUUUUAAUUCAUUGGUACCGAAUGAAUGUUGUUCAUUAAUAUUUACUUCUGGUACAACUGGUAAACCAAAAGGUGUUAUGUUAUCACAUGAUAAUAUUAUAUCUAGUUGCAAAGCAGCAUCAAAAAGACUUGAAAGUUUACAAAUUGGGGAAGAAAUUCUUGUUUCAUAUCUACCACUAAGUCAUAUCGCUGCUCAAUAUUUUGAUUUAUUUAUGCCAAUAUGUUUUGCUGGUUGCGUUUAUUUUGCUGACCGUGAUGCAUUGAAAGGUACUCUUGUCAAAGCAUUAAUUAAAGUACGUCCAACAAGAUUUAUUGGUGUACCAAGAGUAUGGGAAAAAAUACAUGAAAAAAUGAUUCAAGUCGAAUCAAAUUCAAAUUACUUAAGCUCCUUUAUACUGAAUGUUGCCAAAAAAUUUGUUUUUAAUUAUCACGAUGCCCGAAUUAGUGGAGGUUAUGGUAAUAUCGUAGCUUACAAAACCGGACAACAAAUUACGAAUAAAGUCAAAUUUGCUCUGGGAUUUGAUAGAUGUCGUACAUUUAUGACUGGUGCUGCACCAACGAAUUCAAAAACAAAACAGUACUUUUGUAGUAUUGAUAUUUUAUUAGAACUUAUAAUUACAUCGGGUGGUGAAAAUAUUCCAUUUAUUCUUAUUGAAGAAUCUAUUAAAAAAGAAUUACCUGGUAUUAGUAAUGCUCUUUUAAUUGGUGACAAGAGAAAAUAUUUAAGUAUUUUAUUAACAAUAAAAACUAAAAUGGAUCCAGAAAAUGGUGGCCCAUUAGAUGAAUUAGAACAGGAAUCAUUACAGUGGAUAAAAACAUUAAAUUUAAAAUAUACGAAAUUAUCAGAAAUUUUAAAAUCUGGACCAUGUCCUAUAGUCCUAAAAUCAAUUCAAGAUGGAGUCGAUCGUUAUAAUAAAAAAGCAAUAUCAAAUGUUCACACAAUAAAAAAAUUUGCUUUACUGCCAAACGAUUUUUCGAUGGUUACAGGUGAAUUAGGGCCAACAUUGAAGCUAAAAAGAAGCGGAAUAAAACAAAAAUACAUGCACAUUAUUGAAAAAUUUUAUGAAUAA